GACCGACCCUCCAAACCGCAAUAAUAAUUCCUCCGCGUUCCGAAUUCAGAGUUUUCCUUAUCGUUCUUUAGAAUUCCUUUCACCCAAGGUCGUGCGUUGUCUUCGGCCUGAGCUUGGGUUCCAGAGCGAUAUCCGACGAUGUUCUCCGGAAGGUGCUUCCGAAUAUUGGCAGUAGUUUUCUCAUUUGUCGUGACCGUUCGUCCAGCUUCAGUCGCGAACAACCGACCCGUCGUCGGGAUCGUCGCCGAGGACUACUAUGGACGUAUCCCAGGGAAAUCGACCUACAUCGCUGCAUCGUACGUCAAAUGGGCCGAAGCUGCUGGGGCACGAGUGCUCCCGAUUUUUAUCAACCAAACGGAGGAGUACUACGAUCGAGUUCUCGGUCUUGUCAACGGAGUGAUAUUCCCAGGUGGCGCUGUCCACAUCGAUAAGGACACGGGAUAUGGUAACAGCGGCCGAUUGAUAUACAAGAAAAUUCAUCAACGAAAUCUCGACGGAUACCUACCUCUGUGGGGAACGUGUUUAGGCAUGGAAUUGGUCAUCUACGCUCAUUUGAAUCGGAAUGAUCCCCGAACCAGAUGUGCUAUGCAGGAUAAGGCCCUGUCUCUCCAGCUUGGCGAGACUCAUGGAAGAUUAUUGGGCUCUGCACCGGAAAACAUAAUCCAGAAACUCACCACGGAACCUGUGAAUAUCCAUUACCACAGUUGGUGCCUGACUUCGAAAAACUUCAGAGCCUUCAAUUUAGACAGUGAUUUUAGCGCCCUAGCCUUCAAUAAUGACUCCGAAGGCAGGAAAUUCGUGUCCGUACUGGAGCACAAGUAUAUGCCAAUCUACCUGACACAAUUUCACCCUGAGAAGCCACAGUUCGAAUGGGUCGAUAACUUGAAGCAUCACAACAUUCCACAUUCAAGCUCGGCUAUCGCAGUAGGCCAAUUCUUCGCGAACUUCUUCAUCGAUGAAUGUCGCAAAAACAAAGCUCAGUUCCCUGCGGAAAACAAUGGAGAGCUCAUCUAUGCGUACCCGGUUUCCAACACCGGAGCGAUCUCGAUAUAUGAGCAGAGCUAUCUUUUCGAUUGAAGUGGCACCUCCCGCCUCGAAUCGGGAUUUCGACACCUGGGAAUCAUUCCACAAGAUCAAUGAAUCAUGAAUGAAUAAUUGAUGGCGGAAUCAUAUUCGGAUUUCCCUUCCACGCGAGAGAAAUCGGUUUUCCUUCCGCGGCGCUUGCCCUAAUGAAGGUCAUCUUCUGAACAGGGCGGGACACAUAUUCCUCUUGGUUGUCAACCGCAGCUCAUCGAGUACAUCAUACUGAUAUUCCUCGAUGCGCGAUUUUUUCGUACUGAUGGAUGCGAUAUAAUGAUAAAGCGAUUGAUUGUGAGACGAAAAGACC